AUGUUUUUAAAAAUAUUUUUAAUUCUGUCCGAAUGUAUUAUAAUCGUCCAACCGGUUCCCGGAUGUAGAAUAAGCGAAUUUCCAUGUAAAAAUAAUAAAUGUAUUCGAUUGGAUCGUUACUGUGACAAAAUCAACGAUUGCGGUGAUAAAUCAGAUGAACCGCCAUUUUGUACAGCUUGCAACAGAACGUAUUACGGAGAUGUUGGUACGACUUACGAAUUAGAAUUGCCAAAACCACGUUCGGAUCGUUUACCUUUUCUAUGUCAUCUGACAUUUACAGCAAACGGACACAAUUACGGUGAUUUUAUACAGUUAUUGUUCGAUUCUUUCCACAUAGGAAAAUAUAAUGAAUAUUCUUACGAUGCUUGUCCAAAUGGUUACAUGCAAAUUAUGGAAUUGGGACGUCCAUUUACUGGAGGAUCCUGGUGUGGAUUUGCAACAAGUUUACCAAUAUAUUAUUCAGAAACGAGUACAAUAACGGCAACCAUUAAAUUUUUUCACUUUUACGAAAAUUCAAAUUUCUUAUUUAAAAUCCGAUAUCGUUUUUUAAAAGAUGACGAGGCCGUCGUAAGGUAUGGAAAUCCGUCUGAACCGCUCGAACGUGGAGAACCAGUACCGGGUACUUAUUGCAGUAGAAUAUUUUACGAAUGUUCUAAAAAAAAAUGCCGUCUUCAAAGUCCAAAUUUUCCUGGAAUGUAUCCGAGAAACGUUACGUGUUAUUUAAAUUUGAGACAAAAAAUCGUACCCACAUGUAAACACGCGAUGAUUUCCGUCAAACAAGAAAAUUCAUAUAAAAUUCAAAUAAAGAGAUCUCCAGUCGUUGCUUCGAUGAACAAAACAAGAGAAUUACACACAUGGAACGAUUGUUCAGAAGGUCGAGAUCAUUUAAUUUUUUACGACGGUUCAUCAACGGAUGAUCCGAUACUUGUUAAAUUUUGCGGGGGUGAUUGGCUACCAAAAGUGACGUCACGAGGACCGGAAAUGCUCAUCGUUUUCCGUUCGACACCGUUCAGCGUUCCAUUUCAAUCGACAUUAAACAAUCAAUAUCCGUUUAGAGGAUUCGAACUUGAUGUCGAUGUCGUUUUUGCCGAUUCCGAUUCAUUAGAUUUUGUCAGAGAAUCUAAAAAGUGUCAUUUUUGGAUAAACGCCACGAAUCCGGAUGGUGACGUAAUAGCAUUAAAAUCAAAAGGUAGAUCUGGUUAUAUAAUAAGUCCACGUCACACUUUACCACCCAACACGAAUUGCACGUGGCGUUUCAAUGGAAUGCCUGGAGAUUUGGUAUGGAUAUAUUUCGUCAGUUAUUUUUACGAAGCGUUGAUACCUAUACAAGAUACUCAAGACACGGGACCAACAGCGGAAAAAAAACCCAAAACGCCGGAAACGAAAAAUAAUAGAUUAGUGUUAAGUGACGUCAUGAAUUGUACAACGAGAUUAAGAAUAUGGGAUGGUGGAGGAAAAGCGAGUCAUUCGUUUGCAUUGGGAGAAUAUUGUAAUUUCGAUUUACCAAAACUUUGCGAUCAUUCAUCUUUAUCGAACGAAACAAGAACAACGCGGCCAUGUUCUCUACGUGAAAGUUACCUUUCGCUAGGUCCUGAUUUAAUGGUUCAAACUUUUUCAGUUAAAGGUACCGCCCUACAUCCAGUGUCUUUUAAAUUAAAAUACGAAUUUGUUGAUACGAGAUUAGGUGGAGAACAGUGGAACGUUAAAAAAACCGAAGAUUACUCGCCAUGUUUGAGAAUUUAUCGUCGUAAAAAAAAAGGUUUCAUACGUUCACCCCGUAACGUUUUCUUUUACGGAAGAGGUGGAGCUAAAAAUUUAUCAUGCAUAUACAGGAUCGAAGGUUCUCCGUCCGAACGUGUUAAAUUGACCAUAUUGAACGCGUCGUUCGGUGGCGGCGGUGGUGGUGAUAACACGUGUUUAACAACUAUCGAUCCGCACAGUCAAAGGUCGAAAUGUUUACGAGAUAUAAAUUCGGAUAGAAUCGUACAACUUUCGAUAUUUACAUCUCCCUGGAGAAAUUUAAUCAUUCCACAUUCUUGUUUUUGUGACAAUACGACAAACGAACGGUCCUUAGUCAUGGAAUUCUCAUCGAAAGCAAUUGAAAUACAUUUUAAAAUAUCUAAAUUUAACACGACUGAUGAUUUUUUAAAUUUAUAUUUCAAUGCUAAAUUCGAAUUGAUAAAAAGUCCAGAAUGUACGAGGAGGCAAAGGGUUGGUGGUUCCGGGGGUGAAUUUUCAUUUUCUUAUCCACCCACAACAAAUAUGGAUAUCAAUUGUCAGGGGGUUCCAUGGCUCGUUGAGGGUUAUCAAAACAUGAGUUUGUUUUUAUUGACUUGGGGUACAUUCAUGGAUUUCGAUCCGAAUCCGGAUGAUUUGGGAAAAUGUCCGACUAAAAAUAGAAUAUUGAUUUAUUCCGGACAACCGGCGAGAUUGUUACGUAUCGUUUGUCCGCAAAAACCAAAUUCACGUCCAUAUGCCGUACAUAUAUUUUCCGAAGAAUGGUAUUCAACUCCAUCGAUACCAUCAUCAUCAUCGUCUCAAAACGGUCCAAUUUUUCAUUUGGAACCACCGCGUCCACCGAGUUUUAUAAUCGAAUUUAUUGGUUUUGAAAAAGGCGUGGCACAAGUCAAUUGGUUGGAAAUAUCAAGAACGAGAAGAAGUUAUUUGAAACAACAUCACAUGGAGGAUUUGAUAGGGAAAAAUUAUACGAAUACGUCAUUGCCUUGGGAUUGCCAAUAUAAAUGUCCAGAAUUAAAUGCUUGCAUAAGCGAAUCAUUGUGGUGCGAUGGACGACAUAAUUGUCCAUCGGGUUUCGACGAAUCCGAAAUACACUGCGGAGUUGCUCAUAAAUUUAUCACCCUCAUACCUGGUGGAAUGUAUGCCGUUUUGGGUGCUUCCGCCGCCAUAAUAACAUUUUUCUGUUUAUUCCUAUCAAUAUUCAUAACGUUUAAAUUUAGAAAUCGUAAAAGUAAUAAUAAUAAUAAUAAUAUUCAAGGCGGUGGGAGAACCACCACAGGAUAUAAAAACAAUCAUGGACCGAGAAGGAUAUUAACGGAUGAUUUGUUACUCGAUCCUGAUUCUACAAUGUCAUCCUGA